GCGAGGGAGAGCGGCGACGGAGGAAGGCUCGGCCGCCGCCGUGCCCUGCCCUGCCCCGCGAGGGAGGCACGGACCCCCGGCGCUCUCGGCCGCGGCUGGAGCCGGCCCGGCGGGGAGCCCCGGGGAGCCAGCGGCCGCGGAGCGAGCCUCAGAUGUGUCUGUCACACAACCCCGGCAGAGCUAUUUAAAGUAACGGGCCUCGCCGGACUUUUGUCUCUGCCUAUUUAUGAGUCCCCCAGAGCUGGCAGGCACCGCCGGGCAGCGCUAGGAGCCGAGCCCGUGGGGACGCCAGCGGGGGCCCGCCCGGAGCAUGACGGCGAUCCGGGCGCUGCUGCUCUGCUCCUGCCUGGGGCUGCUGCGCCCCGUGGGCGGGCAGCCCUUCCUGCGACUGCGACCCUCGCCCAGCGACAACCUGCCCGUCAAAGACAUCGUGGAGCACCCGGAUCCCGAGUACGACCCCAAGGAGCAUGACUUGGACGAGAGGACUCUGCGGAAGAAGCUGGGCAGCCAUUUCGACCCCGGCUUCAUGGCCGUGGCCGUGCCGGGACCGGCCAACGCGUCGGGCGCCGAGGCGGCGGCGGGGCGGGCGCGGGCGGCGCUGCCGGCGGAGCUGCGGCGGCUGGAGCUGGGCCCGCCCCAGGGACCGCGGCUCAGGGUGGGCAAGAAGGCGCGGCGGAAGGUGCUGCAGUGGCUCUGGGCGUACACCUACUGCCCCGUCCUCUACACAUGGAAGGACCUGGGCGUCCGGUUCUGGCCUCGCUACAUCAAGGAGGGCAACUGCUUCGCCGAGAAGUCCUGCUCGCUGCCAGAGGGCAUGUUUUGCAAGCCCGUCAAGUCGGUCACCAAGACCUUCCUGCGCUGGCAUUGCCAGGGCUGGUCCAGUCAGAAGUACUGCACUUGGAUCCCGGUGCAGUACCCGCUCAUCUCCGAGUGCAAGUGCUCCUGCUAACCCCCCCCGGCCUCGCCCCACCGCCCGGCAUCGCCCGCAUGAUUUGGGGAAAGAGGCUGUGAGUGUUUUCACACUGCCCAGCGCUGGGUGUUGGGGCGAGGAACUGGGUCGUUUGGUUUUCUUUGUUUUUUUCUGGACUUAUUUUAAUGUUAUUUUAUUUGAAAGGGGAAAAGCGAACCCAGGAACUGCAGGGCAGGCCAAAGGCACAGUAAAGCACUACAAGCAGAUGUCUAUUUUUAUACGUAUAUAGCCUUCUAACAAAAGGAAAAUAAAAAAAAAAAAAAAAAAAUUACCAGCCGUGUAAAUAGAGAGGUUUUAAAGGAAAGGGAGGAAAUCGCAGUUGUUGGGGUUUUUUUUAAUUAUUAUUAUAAUUAUUGUUAUUAUUAUUAUUUUAAAGACAUAGGACCACAUUUUAAACCCAUCCCCACAGAACCUGAGCACUUCUGUGCUGAAGGGAAGGGCAAAGAUUUCCCAUAAAGAUGAUUUUAUCAAAAGGAGAAAGGGGGGAAGGGGGGGGUAAAGAAAGCAAAGCAGGAACAGCAGCAGCCCCCAAGAUGGUUGUUUCUCUGUGCUGUAUUUUGUCUUCUUCAGACCUUGUCCCUGAUGUUUGAACUAAUUUGCCACGCUCCCUAGGGUUGUUUUUUAAAGUGUAUAACAAUUAAUUCAGGAAAUUUUAAAUUACAAAUCUAUGAAAGAGUGGAAUCAUUUUGUUGUGUGGGAAUACAUAUAGUCAUGUAGAGAUGCUAAAGGAAAUUUUCUGUGUACAGUUUAUUUAUUUUUAACGUUUGUGUAUAGGAAAAAAAAAACAAACAAGCUAGAGAUUAUGCCAGAAACUAUUGGAAAUGUUUACUUGAAUAUUCCUUUAAAAACAUAUCAAUGUAAAUAUGAGCUAUCACUGAGCAGAAAAAAAAAAAAGGCAUUUUUAGCAAUAAACUCUAUCUUUGAAGGA